CACACACACACACAUAAUCACUUCUAGUCUGUGAAUGAAGCAGACUUACAGUAGACAGACUGAUCUGGUUUAAAGUAAGGUUAUAAAAUUAUUCAGUAUAAGAUCGGGAUUAGUAACGAGUGCAGAAUGAAGAUGAGUGAGGAAAUUUAUGUGAACACAGGAGUUACAGCUUAUAACACAACUCUCGCAGAAGAAAACAUUUAUGAAAAUGAGCUGAAAUUGGAGACUCGGUGGAAAAGAAACAAGCAGGAUUCUACAAACUCAGGACACAACACUAUAUGGAGCAGAUGUUACAAACUGACUGCAGUGUGUGUGCUGAUGCUGUGUGUUCUCCUAACGACUGCUGUCACAGUGCUGUGGAUUAAAUACUACAUCCUGAAUACACAAAACAACCAGUUACAGACCAGUUACAACAACCUGACUGUAGAGAUAGACCAGUUACGGACCGGUUACAACAAUGUCAUCUUAAAAUUUGGAUGGAGAGUUUUCAGCUCAAGUGCUUAUUCCAUUUCUACUGUAAAAAACUGGAGGGACACCAGACAGGACUGUAUAAAGAGAGGAGCAGAUCUGGUGAUCAUAAACAGUACAGAGGAACAGGAGUUCAUCAGUAAAUAUUUCAACAGUACUCAAGCUUGGAUUGGUCUGAAUUACAAAGACACAGAGGGGACAUUUAAAUGGGUGGACGGUUCACCACUGACCACUAAGUUCUGGUGGUCUGGAAAACCAAAUAAUUUGAACAAUGCAAGCUGUGUUAUAACAGGCUACACAAAGGCUAAGUUUAACAUCUCCUCCUGGGCCGUUUAUCCCUGUAACCUCCCUGUAGCUGGGAUUUGUGAGAUGAAAAUAUUUAAUAAAUAAAAUCAAUUAAAACAAUUGAAAGUCAAUGAUUAAAAUGAACAGGUUUAAAAAGAUAAUAGUACUUUGCAUGAUUAUUUUAAUUACUUUCCCACACACAGCAUCUGUAAGUUAUAAAAUAAAACCACUGAGCCAAAAUGUCUAACAGAAAUAAAGUUUGAAGUGUUAUGUGUUGAUACCGGAUGAAAUCUGAUACACAAUGCUGAAUAACUUAUGUGAAUGAGUUAUUAAUGUUUAAUAAUCAAGUUUAGUUCAAUCUCAUUUAUCAGACUGUUAUUAUGUACUGAAGAAAGGAAUUUGUUAUUUUUUUUUAUUAUGUAUCUACAUUUAUUGGAAAAUCAAAAAU